AUGAAACAGAGCUGCAAGACUGUGACGCUCGCAUGUGUUCAACAAGUGUUCAACGCGGAGUUUCAAAACUUGUUCUCGACGUCCGCACCGACGAGCGUCCACCUCCUAGCCGUCCUCAAGGCUCGUCCUGCUGUCAUCAUGUCCUCGUCGCUCCUCGCGGUCAGCAAACAGAAGCUCGCGCUCCGUGUCUCCCAGACCUCCGUGCGGUACAUCGGUCGCCAGGAGUCUGGCGGCGACCCCAAGAAUGAUAUCAUCCGCCGCGCCCUCUAUCCCUCCAACAUCCGCAACCGGCCCUCCCCCGUGGGCUCCUGGAGACCAGAUGUCGGCCGGCGGCUGCAGCGUGCCAUCCCCUCCGUGCAGGCCCACGAGACGAUCGAGCGCGCGUGGUUCCUCCACCAGCGGCACGUCCGUCGUGCGCGCGCGUCCGAGCUCCAGCGGAAAUUUGAGUCCGUGCGCAACGCGAUGGAGACGCUACGGUUUGUCGCCCCCGAUCUGUAUGUGGAGGCAAACAAGGAGGAGGAUCCCCGAGCGCGGAGCCCAGCGGAGACCGAUCUGCUGAAGAAACUCAAAGGCCCGGAGAAGAAGGCGGUGGAGGCGAGAAUACGGGGUUUGUUCCCCAGGGAGUUGCGCACGCCGACAGAUACGCCACCCAGGAACGGGUGGACUUACGAUUUUACUCCCAUUGUGCGUCCUUCAUAG